ACAUUUGCACAUUGAACUAUUUCGAAUAAUAUUGCCAAACGAAAAUCAUGAUUAAAUAAACAGUUUGGGGUAAUUACAGACGCGUUGUAGAAGUGCAAAUAACCCUUUCAACCUUGACCACUUUUUUUGUGAAUAAAUAGUGAUAGUAGUUUUUGUGUCGUAGACCCGCUGUCGUAGAAAGUGUCAGUCGGCGAAAAAUCCAUUAUGGCCGCAGCCAAAAGAAAAUAGAGCGUAAAUAUGUAACAUAUUUUUUAAAACGCAUAAAGUACAAACCGUUAAUUUUAAGCAACAAUGUCUUGUGAUAAAAACUACUAAUUCCUACUCUCUUGGCAGUUUUUCUCAGAUUAUUUUAGGUUAAGUUGAUUCGACAAAAUGAGCAAAUUUGCGGACUAUUUCGUAAUUUGUGGCCUGGAUUUGAAUUCAGGCUUGGAACCGGACAAAUUCUCAGAGGACAACCUACAUGUAUCCCCUCUGGAACGAUCAUACAAAUGCAAAGUCUUAGCCCACUACCCCGAAAGCGUGCCUCAUAACCCUUUCGACGCUUCAGCAGUUUGCAUGUUUUGCUUGCCACAAGGGUUGAAAUUCCGUACUCAGAAACACUCAGUGACUCAAGCGCCUAUUUUCCAUUCGUUUCUCAUAACGAGGGAGGACGGGAAGCGCUGCUACGGCUUUAGUUUAGUGUUCUAUGAAGAAGUUAAAAAUAGAGACAUCUGCAAUGCUAUGCAAACGCUCCAAGCUAUGUAUAUCACAGAAUUAUCAAGUGGGUUAAAAGUCAGGGCUGUGCAAAAUGCGCAGAACCAGGGACCUCAAUCAAGGUCGCUACCUCGCCACUUUAAACUCAGUACACACAAUCCCAGUGGAGCAGCUUUAACUUAUUAUGAUAUAUCCAAAGACAAGCUUUUUGUUUCAAAAAGUAUAAACAUAAUCUCCCAGACUGCGUACGUUCAAGCGUGUAAAACCUUUCUCGAGAAUCUCUUUAGAUGUGUACCUAAAAGAACAGCUUCUGCCGUUGGUUUAAGCAUUGAAAGCUAUGUGUUUAAUCUUCUCUAUGAAAUGCAGCUGCCGUCUCCUGGCAAAAGCUUACUGAUCUCUCUACCUCCAUGUGACCCCCAUUUACCUCUAACUACUGCAGUUCUGCAAUGUCCUGCGCCCCCUCUGGAACUCCCCCAUUUAGACUAUCCCUUAAGACUGAUGUUCCUCUGGCUAGGAGUCGAUAUAGUUGUACAAAUAUUCACCUGUCUGCUUUUGGAAAAUCAAAUUCUGAUUAGAAGUACAGAUUGCCAGAGGUUGAUGGUGGUGGCUGAAGGGAUCACUUCGUUGUUGUUUCCUUUCACGUGGCCCCACGUCUACGUGCCCAUUUUGCCUGCCUCGCUUCACCAUUUUUUAGACGCCCCUGUACCUUUUGUAAUGGGGUUGUACGCCUCUUCUGAAAAUAUUAAAGUCGCUUCUGAAGCGUCUCUUUGCUAUGUUGACUUAGACAAGUGUAAAGUUCAAAGACCUGAAGAGACCGCUACUUUUCCGCACUUGGAGGCGUUCACGGCGGAGAUUUGGUCAGCUCUGGACAAAUAUGGAGUGCAUGUGCCGAAUUCGGAAAACACUAGGAAUAGCCAAGAAAUCAUGUCUCGUAGUUGCACCCUCCCCGGCCGCCCCCAAAACCGCCGCAAGCUCUCUAUCCACGACACCCUCGACGGCGACCGCCCGCCCUCCCCCCCGGGCUCAGCGCGUUCCGAAGCCCUCCAACGAAUCGCCGACAUCGUAAGACGUACAGGGGUGGCUUUGGACCAAAACGAGACCACCCAGCCCACCGACUCCUACAUCGAGGACUUGCGUUUCAACAAUUCGAUCCGCGAGAUUUUCCUCAAUCGCUUCGUGCACAUUUUCCAGUCGUACGAGAAUUUCGUGAUUUUCCCGAAUCAGGACAAAGACGAUUGGUUCAAUAACAGAGAUUCCAUGCAGAAUUUCGAUAAAGCGUCGUUUUUGUCGGACCAACCCGAGCAGCACCGGCUGUUCCUGUGGCGGUUUCUCGAAUCGCAGAUGUUUGCCACACUGAUCGACAAUAAGAUUUUAUCGACUUGGGGCGAGGUUGACAAUAAUUUGCUUAUUUUUGAUAACCGGAUUAAGCUUCUCAAGCAGCGGUAUGGCGGCGAAAAUUUGAUAAGGUCGCUGUGUUACGAGCCGUGCACUUCGGCGCAUGAUACGCAGAAGCUGCUGGAACGGAGGUUGACGAAUCCGGACUUUGAGUCGCCCCAGCCGAAGGAAAUUAUGAUCGUUAGGGCGAAUAUUAGUCGGUAUUUUCCGCUUCUGGAUAAAGAGGUUUUGAAUAAAACGCCAGUGGUGAAUAAGGGGAGUAUUCCGAGAGCUAGCGCGUUGCGGAAAGGGUUAGCUUUUGCGCGCCACCCUCAUUUAGCCGCUGAUAAAAGCAAUAAAAGCGAAGAUAUGUCGCCGGCUUUGAUAGCGCAAGCUAAUUGGACCUUUGUGGAAAAGCUACUCAAAGACUGUAAGGCUAAGACGAAGAGGAUGCUCUUGGCGAAGCUAGGGGCUGAAGGGGUGACCUUGUCUAGUAAUAACGCAGCGGACAACUUCGGAGCCGUCGAAGAAAACACUUUAGUGGCUUCACUGUGUGAAUUUUUGGAAAGAGUGUGGUCGCACGGUCUUCAGCGUAAAAAAGGCAAGUCGGCUUUGUGGUCCCACUUGAUGAUUUAUCAAGAGAUACAUCAGCUCGAAAAAAUCGAAAAUAAAUAUUUGAACCCGCAUGACCACAGAGGGGAGUUGCCGCUUUUGCCGCAGUCGCUUCUGUUCGACGUGGGUAACAUACAAGCGAUGACUGACGUCAAAACCGGCAUCGGCAUGGCCAAGGCGUGGGUGCGUCUGGCCUUAGAAAAAAAGCAGCUUUCGAAACACCUCCGCUCUCUCCUUUAUGACCAAUCGAUCCUCCGCAGCCAAUACAAGCGCUCCGCUUUCCUCCGCUGCGAAGAAGAAAAGGAACAAUUUCUCUACCACUUGUUGUCUUUGAACGCCGUGGAUUAUUUUUGUUUCACCAGUACAUACGCCACCACUGUGAUACCUUACCGUAUUGUGAUAGCCCCAAAUAAAAAAGGAGCAACGACUUCGGCCAACGCAUGGGUCGUGCUUUCGGGUACCCUGUCCGAAACAAUUCGCAUUCCAGUACCAAAAUCCAGUUUGAGCUUUGAGUACAAACAUCAUAAUUUAGGAGUUUUGACGACUUUACGGAUAGGUCAUGACAAUUCAGGGUUGUACGCGAAGUGGAUGAUUGACUACGUUCUAGUGAGGAACGAGAUCACUGGCCACACAUACAAAUUUCCGUGCGGGCGGUGGCUAGGAAGAGGCGUGGACGACAGCUCCACCGAGCGUCUAUUGGUGGGGAACCUCCUCCCCACUCAAGUCGAAGGGGAGGAGCUUAACCAAACCGGGAGCAUAGGGCGUACGCCUCCUCGAUGCAGGUCUCCAGGACCGCCCCGUACCGAGCUUAAACAAUCCCAAAUUCAACACAUGUUGGGGGAUUGUGUCAAUAACAUAGUUAAGUGGCACUACCGGCGAAACUCCGAACGAAAUACGACUCUGACGGCCCUCCUGUGUGGGGAGAACGGUUUGGUUCAUUGUUUGGAGAAUGUUUUUCUUAUGGGGUUUAAAUCGGCGAGGUUAUUCGUGGGGAAAAAUUACGUUUGGGAUUAUUUUGUGCGCGUAAAGGAACAAUUCGAGACAGAGCUAAUGGAGGAGAGCACCGGGAGUCGCACUGCCAGUUUAGAACGUAACCAUCAGCUAACUGUAGCUGUUUGGAGGUGUUACUGUCAUUUAAUUGACGAGAUUAUGUGUACUAGUAAAGCGCUGGGGAAGGAUGGGAAGUUCCAGCUGUUCAUUUGUCUAAGUGUCAGGGAACACUUGUUGCACCGGAUGCUGGUGCCGAUGGCGUCAUGUAAAGUGACUUUGGAAAUGUACGAAGAAGGGUCGUUUCUGCGAAAUAGGGGUUUGUUGACGUUUCUUCGCCAGAUUUUAUUGCCUCUGGACGAGUUGGAUGUCGUUCUUGAAAAUUCAGUAACUCAUGGGAUUUCAUCGCCUUCAUCUCACGUCUAAUUUUUCUAGUCUUUUCAAUUUGCCGUUGAUAUUAUUUGGAGUGAUAUUGUGUAUAUAUUUUUGUAAGUUUGUAAAUAUUCUUUAAAAUGGCCUAAAUCAUUUAUAGAAAGACUAUUCCUGUAACCUUGCCAAAGCUACAUCUAGUAUUUUGUAUAAUUUGAGCAGUGAUGUUUAUUUUUGUAUUGAUCAAACGAGUGCACGGAGCGUCUUCCGACUUUUUAUUUUAUUACUGUUGUUUUCGUAAGUUGUGUUUUGAGCAGAGUUUAAUUUUCCUUUUUGCUUUCUUAGCCAUGACGUCGAAUGGAACGGUUGAAUUUCGUGAGUUGAUUGUGAUAAUGUAAGAAACGUGAAAUUAUUUUGAUGUUAACCCAUUGUUGUGAUACGUGUUGGGGUGAAGUGCGCCCCCGAAACCCGACAAAGCCAAAGUAGUUUCGCAACCUAUAAAAAACUCGUUAAUUCUAGUGAAUUCCGUUAGAUGAGAUUGUAAUUAAGUUGUAAUAAUAAAUUCCAUGUAAACAAG